UCCGGAAAAUGACAAUAUUUAUUAGAUAAGACCCAACACCAAAUCUGCAUUCAACAUUUUGUGGCAUUUCAUAAAUAAAUAAAUAAAAACCCAAAUUAUUGUUUUCCUCCAAAAAUUUAUUGAUUUUUUUUUUGUUUUGUUUUUAAAAUAGUGGGAAUCUGUAUGAAAUGAAGUAUGUGAAGAACAAACUUCAGCUUACCAACUUCAUUACAUUCGCAGAUGGAAGGCAAUCAUAAUUCCACCCCUAAGGAUUACUACAAAAUAUUGGAAGUUGAGUAUGAUGCAACUGAUGAGAAGAUCAGGUUAAAUUACCGAAAGCUUGCACUUAAGUGGCACCCUGAUAAGCACAAGGGUGACAGCUCCGUCACCGCAAAGUUCCAAGAGAUAAACGAAGCUUACAACGUGUUAAUCGACCCUGAUAAACGGUUCGAGUAUGAUAUUACUGGAAUAUACGAGAUCGAUAAGUAUACCUUACGAGAAUAUCUUGCCAGAUUUAAAGGGAUGAUUCUUACUUGCAACGGGCUCGGAAUCCCUCAUACAUCAAUAUGGACACAACAACUAAGAGAAACAAAUGAAUAUGCAGAUGAUGAAAAAGUUCAAUUAUUCGAACCUUUCUGGAAAAGUGUCAUCCAUCGGGAGUCAACGGACCCCUCAACCGGUCAAUAUUAUCUCCAGUUGGGAUUGCCUCUCGAUUCUAGAAAGAGCUCGAGUGCCUGAGGUGACAAGUUCAACAUAGCGAGGAUCAGGCCAGGUCGUGCAUGGCGCUCAAUCACCUACCAGGAGAAUGUGAGCACCCUCGUUUGGUAGGAUCUGAACUCUAGCACUUUGAAUGGCAAUGAUGGGCAAAUAUGUUACCACCUGAUCACUUGAGCUCUUCGUAGAGUUGGUCCAAAGAAUCUUCACACCCACCGUGCUUUUUUUUUUUCUUUUUUUUUCUUUUUUUUUUAAAUUUUAUAAAAGUGGUUAAUUUCCGUUUUGGCCCUUCUAAUAUGCUUAAAAUUAAUAUUUAAUCUUUAUAAUAAUUUCUAACAUAAUUUAGUCUUUAUAUUUAAUUUAAUGUAAUUAAUUAGUUCAAAUAAUUAAUAUUUGAAACUAUUGAAUUAAAA